CCAAAUAAGUCUUUUGCGUAGAUCCAGAGGCUCAAGGCCAAAGCAGAAACAAUCACCACCGAAACCAGUCAAGCCUAAAAUAAUUUUCAAAUGCGAGAUUGUCGCCUAACUCCGCAGUCCAGAAAAACUCACACAUGCGAGAGUCAGAGUCAGACAAAACCAGCACAGAGCCGCCAUUGAAGCCUAUUCGCUACCUUUAGCACCUUUACUUCUAGACAGUUUCUCUCUGUUAGAUGCAUGUCUGCAAUUCUUAGAGUUUGUCAGAUGAUGGGCAUCGCUAGCAAAAACCCAGGUCUCAAGAUCCAUCUUUUUUCCUUCCUCUUCACUUUCUCCUCUCUUGCUCUGUUUUGCUCUGCUGCCAGUUCAAUUACGCAAGGUCAACCUUUAAGAGAUGGAGAUACUCUUAUUUAUGACGGCUUCGAACUGGGAUUCUUCAGCCCGAAGAAUUCAUCGUCCCGGUACGUUGGGAUUUGGUAUUACAACAUUUCAGAGCCAUCAGUCAUAUGGGUUGCAAACAGAGAGAGGCCAAUUUUUGAUAAAGCUGGGAUCUUGAAAAUUGGAAGCGAUGGGAAUGUGGUGGUUUUAGAUGGAAAUAACACCGCAGUCUGGUCUAGCAAUGUUUCAGCCUCCUCUAACUCCACGGCCAUACUCAAUGAUAAAGGAAAUCUUGUUCUUUCAAGCAGCGGCGAUACCAGCAAGAAGUAUUGGCAGAGCUUUGUUGACCCAACAAAUACAUUUUUGCCUGGCAUGAAUGUUGAGGUGAAUUCUGCAAAAGGAGAGAACAGGUUUUUGACUUCUUCAGAGUAA